UGUAAAAAAUAGAUAAGUCAAGUUCAAUUAUCAGGCCUCUGUGGAGCGUGAGAUUUCGCCCAUUGGCCUAUAUUAAUAUCUAUAAAAGGCGGGCUAAUCUUAGAGUGCCAAACUUCUCUACGAUAUCACCCUUGGUGGAAGUGGACGAAAAACUCCUGGAACGAAAAUACUAGAGUGCCAACAAUUUGUGAAAUACAUGAAAUGGUGGCUACUAAAGGUCUAUUAGCACGCCUGAAAGACGGUGAAGAUAUCAUAGUAGCGGAGGGGUAUGUGUUUGAGUUUGAGAGACGAGGUUUGUUGAAAGCUGGCGCAUUUGUUCCGGAAGUUGUUCUGGAGAACCCGGAAUGGGUUCGUCAACUACACGAAGAAUUUGUCCGGGCUGGUAGCGAUGUUGUGCUAGCUUUUACAUAUUAUGGCCACAGAGAGAAACUGAGGGUAAUUGGAAGAGAACAAGAUAUAGAAGCAUUAAACAUAAAUGCUUUAAAGAUCGCCCGUGAUGUGGCAAAUAAAACUAACACUCUAAUGGCAGGAAAUAUCUGCAAUUCUACAGUAUAUCGAAGUGAUAACCAAGCUUCUAUAGAACAAGCAGAGGCCAUGUUUAAGGAACAGAUAGAAUGGGCAGUACAGGAGAAAGCUGAUUUUAUUGUAGCUGAAACAUUCAGUGAAUUGGGCGAAGCAAUGUUAGCUCUACAAUGUAUCCAAAAAUAUGGCAACGGUUUACCAGCAGUUGUCACAUUAAUUCCCCACUCCAAAAACACAACAUUUGAUGGACUAACAUAUGGCGAGGCCUGUCGAAAAUUGGAGGAUGCUGGAGCUGCUGUAGUCGGUGUAAAUUGUGGACGCGGACCAAUCACCACAUUACCUUUAUUGAAGGAAAUUAGGCACUCAUGUAAAGGUCCUAUUGCUGCUCUACCAGUGCCUUACAGAACGACAACAGAACAACCAACUUUCCAAUCUUUGACUGACCCAGUCACGGGCGUACAAGCGUUCCCUGUUGAUCUACCAGCCCAUGCCUGUAGUAGAAGUCAGAUUAGACAGUGGGCAGAAGAAGUUAAACAACUUGGUGUACAGUAUGUAGGAUUGUGUUGUGGUAAUGCGUCACAUUAUCUACGUGAAGUAGCCGAGGUUUAUGGUCGGAAACCAGUGGCUAGUAAAUAUACACCGGAUAUGACGCAACAUUUUAUUUAUGGUAAUCGUGCUAAUAACAAAACAUAUUAUACAACAGAAGUCAAGAGAUUUCUGUAGAAACGUGCAUUCUUCAUUUGUGGUCAUCUGUCAUUUGGAGGUACCAUAGCAAAGAACUGAAGACAGAGGACCACUACUGAUCAUACCACGUGAAUACGAUACACAUGAGACAAUUCUUUUUAUCACCAAAUACCACAUUUUACAGUUGAUAUAAUUCCUAUAAAACAAGACUUGACCGCCGCAAAACAAUGAAAUAUCCCUAUAUAAGUUUAGAAUUGCCUAGGAAGUUGUCAAUAACCUUACAGUGAUAACUGGUCUAUGUUUGUACAUAUUUAUUAAUACUGUAUUGUAUAUAUCUGUAUCAUAGGGGAGGGGUUACAUG